AUGAAGCGGCCGUGUGAGGACAGCAGCUCGGCGGAGAGUGAUGUGGAGGAGACCAUAGAUGUGGGCAGCGAGAACAUUUAUCCAGGGUACAUGAAGGCGUCUUUUAUCAGAUGUGGAUCACCGACAACAACCACUCAAGUCAUGGCGAGGAAAAAACGCAGAGGGAUAAUCGAGAAGAGACGCAGAGACAGAAUCAACAACAGUCUGCUGGAGUUACGGAGGCUCGUCCCCACAGCGUUUGAGAAGCAGGGUUCAGCUAAACUGGAGAAAGCAGAGAUUCUCCAGAUGACUGUGGACCAUCUGAAGAUGCUGCAGGCCACCGGAGGGAAAGGUUAUUUUGACGCCCAUGCUCUUGCCCUGGACUUCCUGUCUCUGGGUUUCCGGGAGUGUGUGACAGAGGUUUCCCGCUACCUGAGCUCCGUGGAGGGCCUGGACUCCAACGACCCGCUGCGUUCCCGCCUCCUCUCCCACCUCACCUCCUGUGCUUCGCAACGCGACGCCGCCACCUUCACCGUGGCCUCCUAUUCACCUCUUCACCCCAACCCCCACCACCACCACCAGCAGCAGCCUCACUCUUUGCCCCACCCCUUCCACCCCCACCACUGGGCAGCUGCGGCUGCUGCAGUCGCCACGGCGGCAGCGUUUCGGCCUCUACCGGCCGCCGCGGCACCGUACGGACUGAGCGGGAUUUCUGUUUCUCCAGAUGCUGGAGGUGGAGUGACCCAGAGGCUGGCCUCCUCCUUUUCCUCCCACUCAGACUCCACCUCCUCCUCUUCUCCCUCCUCCUCCUCUUCCUCGUCUCUCGUGCUGCCCUGCACCCCCACUCCUCUCUCCGCCUCCCUCCUCUCCCUCUCAGCGUCAUUUCCCAUUGCCCUCCACGGAGGUUUCCCCAUCCUCCCUCCAUCCUCUUUCACCUCCACCGCCACUGCCAGUUCUCCAAUCUCCUCCUCUUCCUCUUCCUCCUCCCAGAUUCCUCACAGCAGCAGCAGUAGUAAACCCUACAGACCGUGGGGAAUGGAGGUCGGAGCUUUCUGA